AUGCCGAACUGGGGCGGAGGCGCAAAAUGUGGAGCCUGUGAAAAGACGGUUUACCAUGCAGAGGAAAUCCAGUGCAAUGGGAGGAGUUUCCACAAGACCUGCUUCCACUGCAUGGCCUGCAGGAAGGCUCUGGACAGCACCACAGUGGCAGCUCAUGAGUCAGAGAUCUACUGUAAGGUCUGCUAUGGGCGCAGGUAUGGCCCCAAGGGGAUCGGGUUUGGACAAGGCGCUGGCUGCCUCAGCACAGACACCGGUGAGCAUCUUGGCCUGCAGUUCCAACAAUCCCCAAAGCCAGCGCGAGCAGCCACCACGAGCAACCCUUCCAAGUUCUUGGCGAAGUUUGGAGAAUCAGAGAAGUGCCCACGAUGUGGAAAGUCGGUCUACGCUGCUGAGAAGGUCAUGGGAGGUGGCAAGCCCUGGCACAAGACCUGCUUCCGCUGUGCCAUCUGUGGGAAGAGCCUGGAGUCUACAAAUGUCACUGACAAGGAUGGGGAGCUUUAUUGCAAAGUCUGCUAUGCCAAAAAUUUUGGCCCUACAGGCAUUGGGUUUGGAGGGCUUACACAGCAAGUGGAAAAGAAGGAGUGA